AUGCCGGCCAGCGUCGAUCCCAAUGCAUCUUUUUCUCAAACGGUUCGUUUUCAACUUUAUAAUGUGUUACAGUUACAAUAUGUUUCACACGUAUAUUGAUUAAGGUGGGUCUUCUCUACGUGUUUAAUUUGAUUGUGGGAACCGGCGCUCUUGCGUUGCCAAAAGCAUUUCAAACGGCUGGAUGGCUUCUCAGUAUUUCAAUACUAUCUGUUUCUGCUCUUAUGAGGUUUGAUCUUGAGUUUUAUUCAAACAUUAUGGUACAUCAAAGAAGGCAACGGAAAAAAGUGCUGAAAGUCAUUCAUUUUUUGAAAGGAGUAUAAAAAAGAAAUUUUCACAGCAAACAUGUUUUCCUUGUAUCAAAUCGUUUUUUUUAGUUACAUUGCCGCCACGUUCAUUGUUGAAUCGUUGGCUGUGGCUAACGCUUUUGUUGCCAAAAAUCGACGACGUGAUCGAGUCAAUGUUGAAUAUGAUGGUGAUUUCGAAUAGUUUUGUUUAUUAUUCAAGUAAAAGUUUUCCAGACGUCUCCAUAUCGAGCAUCGGGCCAUCCUCAUUCGAAAUCACUUCGAAAGUCGAAGUUGUACGUUUUUUUUUCUCAAUUUGCCUCAUGUGAAGGGAUUAUAAUUUCAGAGUGAAAUGGCCUCAAUGUUUCUGAGUCGGACUGGGUUGCUCAUUUCUUACCUGUCCCUUAACGUUUACUUGUUUGGCGAUCUGGCUAUCUACUCCACCACCGUGCCAAAAUCGAUGAUGAACUUGAUUUGGUUCGUUUUAAUUCCUUCUACUGAAGUUUUGGUUUUUGGUCUCAAUUAAAUUUUUGAAGUUAGAGUUACAUGCGUCAUUUAAGUUUUGAGCUGAACAAAAAAAUAUAUUGAAUAAGAAUUAUAGAAUCCAUUUUUGUAGAAUAUAAAAAAACGAACGUCUCCAACUCUUCAAAAUCUCGUGAUAGAUAUUCUGCUAUUUUGCAAAAACAAAAAAUUUCAGCUAAAGCAAAAAACUUUGCAAAGUUCAAAAUACGCUCUUGUUUUUGAUUGGAAAUUUCUGGGUUAUUUCACUUUGACGGUUGUUUUUUAGCGGUCUGAAAAAAUGAGAAUUCGAUGAAAGAUAAAACUGUAUUGAUAAAUAUGAUUUGAUUUUAUAUAUUCUGAAUAUGAUUUGAUUUUAUAUAUAUUUGUACGGAAGCUCGUAAAUUUUCUAUGAUAAUUUUCAGCUCCACAGUCAACUCAAGCACCGUUACAUCUUCAGAUCCUUGUCACGAAUUCUGGCCGGAGUUUUUAACCAGAAUGACAGGUUCAGCAACCAUUUUUUCAUUCAUUGAAUUAAAAUUUCAGUUUAUCGAAUCUGCGUGGUUCUUUUUGUUGGUAUGUGUACACCAAUGGUUAUCGUUGGAAUAACAAAGACAAAAUACAUUCAGUUGGCCACUACCAUUUCGCGCUGGACUGGUAAUUGAAUUCUCACGAAUUUUUAAAUAUUCCAGUUGCAGCAUUCAUUCUGAUGAUCACAUUGGCCUCGAUUCAACUGAUUUCAAAUGGGCCGGCCGCGUAUCCACCAGCUGCUAAUGUCCAUGGAUUUGGAUCUCUUUUUGGGGUGACUGUCUACGCGUUCAUGUGUCAUCACAGUUUGCCGUCUUUGAUCACACCAAUGAGGUUUUUUUCUUUUCGAGCGUUUCGAGUCAAUGCUCCCGGUUGUUAUUCUAGAACUUGAACAUUCACCCAGUGGAAAUGCGCAAGGCAUUGAAACUGUAUUGUUUUGAUUAACACAAAAAAACUUUUUAAAAAAAUUGAAAUAUGUAAUUAUUUCUUCUUUUUUUGAGAGAUUAAUAUUUUUGCCAUGAAGCAAACUUUUACGAAUUCGGCUUUUGAAAUCAACAAAAAGAUUUCAUUAUUUUUCAGCUCAAAGACAAAACUCUUCGGAAUGAUGGGACUUGUGUAUGGAGUGAUUGGAAUGUUCUAUUUCACCUUAUCGAUCACUGGAGCGUUCGCUUUUGAACAUGUUCAGGUUUGGUGAGAGAAUUUUUGUAUUUGAUGGACCUUCAUUCAGGAUCUCUACACUCUGAAUUUCCUCCACGACGAGAACAAUUCUUUUUUUUACGCGGUUUCCGACAUUUUUCUAGCGCUGUUCCCAAUUUUCACUCUGACUACGAAUUAUCCAAUCGUGGCUAUCACGUUAAUUAACAAUGUAAAAGUGCUGAAAGAGUUGCUUUUUCCGAAAAACAGGUUUUCGCUUUGUUGAUGUUGGUCUUGUACAAUAAAUAUUUCAGUGUUGAGCAAGAGGCCCUUCUGGAAGACGACGGCUCUGACGGCGAAAUCGAUGAGCGAGAUUCUCGACAUGUUCGCGAGGUUUUCACAACAAAGAAAAACAGUGAUGAAUGGAUUUUUCUUGCAGAAGUCAAUCUCUGAUCAUUUCAUCACGGCCUUCAUUCUCAUUUUCCCGACUCUUAUCAGUAUCCUCACCGAUAACUUGCUUCUGCUUGCAACGGUCACCGGCAGUUAUCCAGGUCAGCUAAAAAUGUUUUGACACAGAAAACGCCUUCUGAAAUAGCAAAUACUGAUGGUAUUUCUGAAACGAAUUCAACAUGAUUUCGAUAAAUAUAAAUCUCCGUUGUGUUGAAAAAGGCUUUCUCAGUGUAACUAAAAAUAUAUUGAACAGAAAAUUGCAAUUUGAGAAAAAUCAUCACUAUUCCACAAUCCGUAUUAACCCGAUCUUUUGGAAAAUUUCAGGCGUCGGAGUGCAGUUCGUGGUGCCUUGUAUGCUUGUGAUGGCCGCUAGAAAAUAUGCGAAAUCCGUGCUCAACUUCCCUGUGCCGAAGAAGCACGUGAGCCCCUUCCAGUCUCCGAUUUGGCCUUUUGUCAUCGGCGCUUGGGCUUGUUUCGCCAUUGGAAUGGUCACCUUGAACAUCCUUGGAGUCCAUUUCUAA